UAAGGAGUGGACUGUUUUUACGUUUGUCACAGGAAAGAUAAAACGAACUACAUGUCUUUCUGCGACACGAUAUCACUGUACCAUCAGGAGGGAUAUGGAUUUACAAUGGACUAAGGUGUUUUACCAAGGAAAUAACUACAUCUUUACCGGUAAGACAAAAGAAGCGCUUUUGACCAAAGUCAGUGUGUUUCAUCGGCUGGUCUCAGAAUUGAGAACAGGCAGCCAAGUGUGCUGAGCAUUAAGCUGUCAUCGCAGAGGAAGAAGAUAAGGGCUGAUGCUAUACGACCAUGAUGUCGCCAAUUUUGUAUAUUCUUGCUUGUGGUUUUGUGUCUGUUGAGACACAACUCAGAAACGCCACUGGUGAAUUCCGCCUCUACAAUGACAUCAUCUGGAACAACAACCCAUACGAGAGGCCCGUCUACAACAAAUCCGAAACUAUUACAGUUGAUUUUGACUUUCAUCUACACACAUUGAGCAAAUACAUUGAGUCACAACAACAGCUCCUAUGCACAGGGUGGUUUGUUGUGACGUGGUCUGAUCAGUUUCUCACCUGGAAUUCUGAGAUGUAUGACGGAGUUGAAUUUAUCAGACCCCCAGAUAGCUACAUCUGGAUACCUGAUCUUGUUGUGUCCAAUUCCUUCCAACAACUCGACCGCCUUGGAGGAGAUUUCGUGUCUCUGAAACUAUUUUCAAAUGGACAUAUACAGUGGAUGCCUGGGGAUUUAUUCUACCUGCCAUGUAGUGUGGAUGUUGAGUUGUACCCAUUUGAUAGCCUGAAGUGUUCUAUGGACCUGGUUGUGUGGUCACACUCAGUGACAGAAGUUGACCUGAAACCACUGCAAUCUCGUGCUGGAGUGUCCAGUUCCAAUAUACGAGGUCAGUGGAGUUUGACGUCAGCCACUAUCAUUUCGUUGAAAAAACAUUUUGACAACAAAACAAUGUCAACAGUGAAAAUUACACUCAUUCUAGAAAGACUCCCAACCAAUUUUGUCUUUAACUUUAUCCUUCCCGUCAUGAUUCUCUCUCUUCUAGGAACAUUUGUGUUCCUCAUUCCAGCAGAUUCAGGAGAAAAAGUAUCAUUUGCCAUCACAAUUCCUCUUUCCUAUGGAGUCUACAUGGGUUUUCUAACAAACAUGGUACCACAAAGUUCCGAGGGUGUGUCCACCUUUAUCAUUUUCCUUGGAAUCACGCUAUCAUUGUCUGCGUUAUUUGUCAUCCUCAGCAUAUUCAGUGUCAGGAUCUCAGCACGCAGUAAUUCACGACCCGUUCCUAAAUCAUUCCAAAGAAUCACCGUCUGGGUUGAACAUGUUAAAAGCUGUGGUCGAAAAAAAAAGUCGCAUCCUAACCAUAUCUCUGAGGACACAGAACAAUCAGAUGAUUCCGAGGCUAAGGAACAUACUCAAGUAAUGACGUGGAAGCGAGUGAGCAAGGCCCUGGAUCUGUUUUUCUUCUGGGUGUUGUGUAUACCUUUGUUGAUAGCUAUUCCAGUACUGUUGGUGUCCAUUGCGGUGUUUUAAUGACAAAAUGUUUCUUACGAACCAUCAGUUGUAUAUGUCGUAUUUAGUAGAAUAGGUUAUAGUAAUUAAAUAUUCAUUGUGAAGUGUGCGUAGGAAUCAAUGACAAGAUCUUUGGUUUUUUUAUGACUUGAGUAUGCACAAUUAUGAUGCGCCAUCAGAAAUACAAAGCGCCGUCACCAGAGAAUAACCAGUCUCCGUCAAUAAUCCGUCAAAACAGAUUCCUUUCCACACAAAAGGCAAAACGACAGUGAAAGCUAUAUGAAUGGAUCACUGCAAAUCAGUGAUGACAUUAGUUUUUCUCGACCCAAAACUCAAAACUGUACGCCCCGUGCUUUGGUUUAUGCAAUACGUUUUGUGAGAAUAAAUGAGGAAGGACGAAUCAAACGUCAUGGUUACAUAUCGGAAACAGUGUUCAGAUGAUAAAAUGCUUUUAAGAGACAUGAAUAAUGAAUAAAAUCGUAUCAUUUUGUUCUCCAGAAUGGACAAAUUUGGCGUCAUCUCCCUUUUAACUGACCAUUCAGCAUUGAAAAUUGUUAAAAUUCUCAUGUGCAAAUAGCAUAUAAUUAUCAAUAACUCACAAUAUUAUUUUAUUUUUUAUGUGUGCAGUUAGACACAUGCGUUAAGGUGACACUAGGGCACAUGUGUUUAUCUUGAAGGCAGCAACGUCUGCGACUGCCACGAACUAAAGAUUCCUUGGUUUCCACAGAUGGUAUCACAGUUGGUGCCAAUUAUUAAUAUUGCUGCACAAUGGAAUCUGUGAUAACGUGUACUGACGGUUAUUGAUUGCUGUGAUGCUCUGGGCCUCUGUGCCCAUGUUUACAUUGCACUGUCUGGAUCCCAUAAAUUGUAAAUGAACUGCGAAAGUAGUUGGACGCACAAAACACCUGUUCCUUUUAUGCUGGGAAUUCGUGUUUCAUUGUGAAAUAUUAGGACACUACAACUCCGAGUUUUGACAUCCUGAACAGUCCAAGCUAUUGUGUGCAAACAGAACAGAGUUGGGAUUUUAUGAGCGGAUUUUGUCAACGUAAAUCAUUGUGCUUUUUGAUAGCAGAUAGUUCUUUGGGAUAAAUGCAGCUGUUCAACUGUUUCCAUGACUUGACAGUGUCCAUCGAAAAGGUUCAGAUGUGUUUGGCGAUAAAGGCAAAGACAAACAUAAUGGUAAUAAUCUAAACUGAUUUUCGGAGGACUGCUCCACGGCAUCAAAACUCUACACUGCGAAGUUCUACAUUACCAUCUGUGCAAUCAUGCUACUCUUCACAAUCUGUAAUUUGGUGAUUGGUGUUGUGUCUAUCGAGUCAGCCAGACACUCCACUGGUGAAUUCCGCCUCUACAAUGACAUCAUCUGGAACAACAACCCAUACGAGAGGCCCGUCUACAACAAAUCCGAAACUAUAACAGUUGAAUUUGACUUUCAUCUACACACAGUGAGCCGAUACACUGAGUCUCAACAACAGCUCCUAUGCACAGGGUGGUUUGAUGUGUCGUGGUCUGAUCAGUUUCUCACCUGGAAUUCUGAGAUGUAUGACGGAGUUGAGUUUAUCAGACCCCCAGAUAGCUACGUGUGGAAACCUGAUCUUGUUGUGUCCAAUUCCUUCCAACAACUAAACCACAUUGGAGGAGAUUUCGUGCCUUUGAAAGUAUCCUCUUAUGGACACGUGCAGUGGAUGACAGGAGACUUAUUCUACCUGCAUUGUGAAACGGACGUUCUAAUGUAUCCAUUUGAUAGCCUGAAGUGUUCUAUGGAGAUUGUCGUCUGGUCAUAUUCGACGUCAGAAGUUGACCUGAAAGUCCGUCAGUCAGUAGCUGGAACAUCUAGUUCAAACAUAGGAGGUCAGUGGAGGCUAAAACCAACAUCAAUCACAGCCAAGGAAAAGACCUUUGACAACAAGCCAAUAUCACAUGUGCUUAUUACGCUUACACUGGACAGACGCCCUGUGCAUUUUGUCUUCAACUUCAUCCUCCCUGUGUUGAUCCUGUCCGUCCUGGGGACAUUUGUGUUUCUCAUUCCUGCAGAUUCAGGAGAAAAAAUAUCCUUUGCCAUAACGAUUCCUCUGUCAUAUGGGGUCUACAUGGGCUUUCUCACAGACAUGAUACCCCAGAGCUCCCAGGGUAUAUCGCCCUUCAUCAUCAUCCUUGGACUCACACUAACAAUGUCUGCAGUAUUUGUCAUCGUCAGCAUCUUCAGUGUCCGGUUCUGUGGACAGAGUGAAUCGAAACCCAUUCGUAAAACAUUACAAAGAUUCACAAUUUGGGUCGAAAAGGUCGAUGCAUUUGGCCGGUUUGGAAACCGUGACAAACCUGCAAUUGAGGAAUCUGGACAGUUACAAGAACUUCAGGCGAAGACUACUCAGCCCGUCACAUGGAAACGAGUGAGCAAAGCACUGGAUUUGUUUUUCUUCUGGUUGUUGUGUAUCCCUUCACUUGUGGGAAUUCCAAUAACACUGAUAUACAUCGGCUUGAACUUGGGCUUCUAGUUAAUGAAUCAUUGAUGGCGUGUGUUUAAAGCUAUUACAUGUUGUUUCUCGUAUAGAUCAGUUCGAGUAGUAUAUAUGUCUUUGCUUCUGAAUGUAUUCUCUCGUAAGGAGAGUGUCAAACAGUGUUAUAUAUGACGUGGAUCUUUUCAAAUUUUACCCAUUAGUGACCACAAUGAUGUCUGAAGCAAUUCCCUAUUUAAACAUGAACUAGAAGUUUCUGUGUUUAUUCAGGUGAACACUUGACUUGCCUUUACGCGUGUUUGUGACGUGAGCAACUGGUGGGACAGGAUAUGGUCACAUUUUCGCGAUCACCUGAUGUCAUCUAUUUGAUAGCGAUUCACAAAUGAUGAAGUCAGAAUCGUGCAAUGGACAUAUAUUUAUAGAAGUAAUUAGAGGAGUCUAUGACAAUAUGAGUUGCUUUUAAUGUGAUUCUUUCAUGUGAAUAAAGA